AUGAUUGUAGGUUUUACGGAUACUCAUUUUUUCUCUGAACAAAAUGUUCACAGUUGGGUAAAUGUCGUUGCUACUAGCUCUCGUGGUGCGUGUUUCCUUGCUGCCCUUUGGUGGAUAUGGCGUCACCGUAACUUGAUGUGCCUUAACAACGAAACAUGGUCCCUGUUCCGCAUUACCAAUAACAUUCAUAAUUCGACUAAUGGAAUUAUUAAGACUUUUCAACAAAGUGAUAGAACUGCUAUUCUGGAGCGGUUGGUUAAAUGGAACUGUCAGAAUCACUCAGGUUCAAUCCUUAAUGUGGACGGAAGUUGUUUAGGUACUCCCAUUCGAGCUGGUUUCGGUGGUUUCAUUAGAAACAACCAUGGUUUUUACCUAUCCAGUUUUUCCGGUCACAUCGCCAAUUCUAAUGGCAUCCUUUUGGCGGAGCUCACUGCAAUUUACCAUGGUUUGAACUUGGCUAUUGAUAUGGGAAUAAAUGACCUGGUUUGUUAUUUAGACUCCCUCCUCUCCAUCAACCUUAUCACGGUAAACACUCUGAAGUUUCACACCUUCGCUGUCCUCCUUCAAGACAUCAAGGACCUGCUGAGCAACCGCAAUUUUACUCUUCAUCAUACUCUAAGAGAGGGCAACUAUUGUGCUGAUUUUUUGGCGAAGAUGGGAGCAGCCACUGACGAUGUUUUCAAAGUGCAUCAUUCGCCUCAAGAAGACUUGUUGGCGCUGAUUAGGAGCGACACAUCAUGCACUUUCUUCUAUAGGGCCUAG